AUGGCUGAACAGCUUGAAGGUGAUCCAAAAGAAGAUAAUGACCGUGUAAUAGAUCGCUCCAGCUUUGAAAAGGACCAAUUCGACAUUCUAGUGUUCAACUAUCGGGAAUCAGAAGGCAGAGAUGGAGGAAGUUUCCAGUUAGCUGAAGAUGCACUUCUAAAAAAGGAACUUCUGAACGCAAAACACAAGCUCCAGAAAAGUAAAUAUUUUUUCAAAACGCUGCCGCAGCAGACAUUGUACACAGAGUUAUUGGAACGGAUUGAAAGCGUAGUGAAAAAAAUUGAUGAGUUCUCGAAGGGGAAGUCGAAAAAAGAUGAAUUCUCUGUGAAAACUGCAGAGCUUCCUGAUUUUGAUCCUGAUGACAUUGAACUCUUCCAAGCAGAAGUGCCAAAAGUUGAAUUCCGGAACCCAUCAUUAAUGUCACCUGAGGAGCGUGAGAGAAAUCAGAAUAUACUAGCUGUACUAGGCGAAGCUGAUAUUAUCAUAAAUGAUUGUAGCGAUAUUAUCAGUAACCUUAGAGGAGAAGGAAGAACGUCUCAAAAAUCAGAUACGACCUCCCCGUGA